AUUGACUCCAUUUGGAAAAACUAAUAAGACUCUGACCGAGGAUAAACAACAAAUCGCCGCGGGAGUCUUAGGAGCCCCGCGAGGCACUCAACAGCAACACAACCGCUGCGGCCAUCUUGCCUCAUCAUCAAUAUAUAGUUUAAACACUACAUUGACGUCACAGCCAGCGGUGAUUUUCUGCAAGACUGGCCGAGAUGAGGCACCGUUGUCCGGACCGCCCCUUAAAAUGUGUACAAAUGCAAUGUAGUUCCAGCAUCAGUUAGACUUGAUGACUGCACCACCAGUAGCAGUACGCUCGGAUUUAAAGACUUCGCUAUCUACAAUAAAGACUACUGCUGAAGACAAUACAAGACUUCUGGUCUUCACUGGAAACAGUUUCCAAAACUGACAUUGAUUGUUGGAAGAGUCGAGAGAAGACUGAAGACUUGAGUGAUCCAGACCUAUGCCGAAUUAAACAAGAAGACACAGAGGAACACAAAGACUUAUUGGACCUGGAAGUUGAAAGUGAUGAACUGGAUGAAGUUGAGGAGAAACACUACUAUCAGACACCUCAUCAAUUAAAAAUGAGAGAAACAUCUAGUACCGGUAGCUUGCAGAUGGAAAAUAAUUUAUUUCUAAAAAGAAAGCAAAGUACAAAAACCGGCAAAUCCUCACCUCAUUGCGAGAACAGACAUUCUGAGGAACACGUGAGAAUUCAAACAAGAAAGCGUCCAUACACAUGUCUUCAGUGUGGAAAAAGUUUCACAGAGAAACAAAAUCUUAAAAUGCACAUGAGAAUUCACACUGGAGAGCAUCCAUACCCAUGUCUUCAGUGUGGAAAGAGUUUUAAACAGAAACAAAAUCUUGAUAUGCACAUGAGAAUUCACACUGGAGAGCGUCCAUAUACAUGUCUUCAGUGUGACAGGAGCUUCGCACAGAAAUCAUAUCUUGACAGCCACAUGAGAAUUCACACUGGAGAGCGUCCAUACACAUGUCUUCAGUGUGGAAAGAGUUUCAUAAAGAAAUCAGGGCUUAAUCUACACAUGAGAGUUCACACUGGAGAGCAUCCAUAUGCAUGUCUUCAGUGUGGAAAGAGUUUCACACAGAAAUCAAAUCUUGACAGCCACAUAAGAAUUCACACUGGGGAUCGUCCACACUCAUGUCUUCAGUGUGGAAAGAGUUUUAAAGAGAAAUUACAGCUUAAUGUGCACAUGAGAAUUCACUCUGGAGAGCGUCCAUACACAUGUCUUCAGUGUGGAAAGAGUUUUAUAGACACAUCACAGUUUAAUAUGCACAUGAGAGUUCACUCUGGAGAGCGUCCAUACACAUGUCCUCAUUGUGAAAAGGGUUUCAAACAGAAAUCGACACUUAAAAGUCACAUGAGAGUUCACUCUGGAGAGCGUCCAUACGCAUGUCCUCAUUGUGAAAAGUGUUACAAACAGAAAUCAAAUCUUGACAGCCACAUAAGAUGUCACACUGGAGAGCGUCCAUACUCAUGUCUUCAGUGUGGAAAGAGUUUCAAACGCAAAGAAAGUCUUGACAGCCACAUGAGAUGUCACACUGGAGAGCGUCCAUACGCAUGUCUUCAGUGUGGCAAGAGUUUCACAUGGAGUGCUAGUCUUAGGAUUCACAUGAGGACUCACACUGAAAAGCGUCCAUAAACAUUGUCCUUAGUAAGAAAAGGAUUUUUAAACAAAAAGAAAAUCCUAAGGACCACAUGAAAAUUCACUAUUGAACGAGUGAUACUGUAAAAAAUGCUUGGUGAAAUGAUAGUAACUAACAUCAAAUAGUCAAAUACUGCAAAUUAACAGUAAAACACUGUAUUAAUAUCUCUAGUGCAAUGUAUCUCUACUCCAUUCCUCGGGCCCCCUCCCAGAUGCAAUUUAGCUUGUUGUAAAUGCAUUUACGCUACCCAGUCUCACAAAGUUCCGUGAUAUAGUCACUUAUUUUUUUUAUUUUUUUUCGUGCUAUUAUCACAAAUUUUCGCGUUUUUUCGUGAUCGUAUAACGAAUUCCUGUUUUUGUGUGAUUAUCACGUAUUGGUUACUCAACUGCUUUUUCCUAUUUUUAAGCCAUUGUCGCUUCGGUUUAGGGUUAGAUUUGGUGCUUGCAUUAGAAUGUCACUUUAUAUAUUGGGUUAUACUAUUUUUUCUGAUUUAUUUUUUUAAAUGUCGCCUGGCGUUAGGGUUAGAGUUGGGUUUGGUUAGGUUAGAGAUGUCAUUUUAUGUAAAUCUAACCCUAAUCAAAAAAUACGUGACUAUAUAACGAAAUUUCGUGAGACUGGGCUGCAUUCACGGUACAUUUCAUACUGUACUAUUAACAGCAAUUUUAUGGUCUUUUCUCCAGUAAUUUUUUUUGUUUAUUUAUUUACCAGGACAGUGCAUGUUAACAACAGUACACCUGUAACAUGCCAGAGUUAGCCAAUGGCUAAUUUUCAUCUGUAGUCCUGAUUGCAAGUACAUUUUUAAAAAUGUUUGCACUGUUAGUGUAACAAGUUAAAAUAAAAAAAUAAUAAAAACA